GAUUAUUCCAAGUUUAUGGAUGACAACUUUGACGCCAAGGACUGGGUGAAUGCUGCCUUCCACAACCAGAAGGAUUCUGACAUGUCCAAGGAUCAAUAUGCUACAACCAUGGUGAUGAAAUUGCAAGUGUUUAUUCAGGAAGUCAAUAAUGUUCUGGAGGAGGCAGGCCAGCAGGCACUUCAGAAUCUGCCGAGGGUGGUGAGAGAGCUGGAUGCUGUCAAACAUGAAGCAAUACUGCUCCAGGACCAGAUGAGGGUUGUCAAACAGGACAUCCAGAAGGUGGAACAGGAUACAUCCCAGUCAAUGCAGUCCUUGCUCAAACUUGAUCGGAUCAAGUCUCGCAUGAAGACCACAGCCGAUGCUCUUAAGGAAGCAGAUAACUGGACCACUUUAAGUGCUGACAUGGAUGAGGUCUUCCAGUCCCAGAAUGUUGACGAUAUCACCAGCAAACUCCGAGGCAUGCAACAGAGUCUGCUGAUGCUGGUGGACACGCCGGACUAUGUGGAGAAAUGUCAGCGGCUGGAGAAGUUGAAGAAUCGGCUGGAAGCCAUUUUGAGCCCACAGUUGAUAUCUGCAUUCAAUUCUCAGUCUUUAGAACAAACACAGAAGUAUGUAGCCAUAUUUGAGAGCAUCAACAGACUGCCACAGCUCUUCAAGUACUACCACAAGUGCCAUAAGAACAACUUACUGCAAACAUGGAAAAAUACCUGGGAUGGCAACCCGAGCAAGACUGCACUCAACGACCUCUAUGAUAUGCUUCAGUCUACCUGGCACACACAGAUCAAGUGGUCAGCCCAGGUAUUUGCUGACCCGGUGACCAUUGUCCUUGACCUGCUGACCCAAACCUUGACAUCCCUGGAUCCCUCCCUGUCUACUGUCUUCACACGGUUGGUCGGAGAGAAGGAAGGCCCUCUCGACUCAUUGAUUGAGUUGAAGCAGGUGUCAGACAGGUUUGCCAGGAGCCUGGAGGAUGCAGUUGACAGCUGUCUGCAGGGUGGUGGGCUGCAGCAUGCCCAGAGUUUGCAGAAUUUGAUGACAGCCAUCUUCAGCCCGUACCAGGUGUACACGGGCAAGUACCGCAUCUUUGAGGAGGUGGCUCUAACUAAACACCUGGACAACAUCAAACUGGACCAUGAAGAGGUCAUUGAUACAGUUCAGCUUUUGUCAGAGUCUGUGCCCAAAAUGUUCUCAGCAGCCAAAUUGGCAAAUGACAGAUGUCAAAAGUUAACCAAUGGUUUCUGCUACAUUGGUUUAAUGGAUGCCCUUAAGACGUAUUUUAUCGCGUACACUAGAGAGUUCCGCAGAGUACUGAUCAACAUUCGUGAGAAAUGUCGAAUGGGGGCAAAGGUUGACUCUGAAGAUUGGUCAGAUUUCCAGAACUCACUACGGAUUGUUCAGACCUGUGGAAACCUGUUGAUACAGACAGAAGAACUGGAUGCUCUGAUAGCCAGCAGUAUCCUACAGAGUCUGGGUCAUCUCCUGACAUGCCACUCACCUGUUAAAGAAUCUGACAGUCUUAUAUCAUCAGCUUGCCACUCCUUCAAGUUCUCAGCCUCUUUGUUCCUGCCCACCUACUCUGAUGUAGAGGCCUUGGAGACGAUGGUCAAGAAGCUAGAGGAUGGUGAAAGCCCACCUGUGUUCGCAGAGAUCAAGUCUGACCUCAGUAAACUCAGCAGUGAAGUCCACAAGUUUGCCUUUGAGAUUGUGUUUGGUCAGCUCAAGUCUUACCUCAGUGGAGUGUCUACCAUGGAGAUCUGGACAUCACAGAGUUCUGGUGGUGCCAUGACCUCUGACCUGCCCACCUUUAGCCUCUCACCCCAGGAGUACAUUACAAAGGUUGGACAGUAUCUGAUGACCCUACCGCAGCAUCUAGACCCAUUUACUCUACAGGACAGUCCAGCUCUGGUCGUGGCACUCAAACAUGGCCGGCUACCCUACACCAACCAUCAGGAAGUGUCAGAGCACCUGGCAGACUUAUGGUUGGAGUCAGUUGCCAUGGGAACCAUGCAUACAUAUACGGAGGAGAUCCUGAAGAUUCCCUCUCUGACACCCCACGGAUGUAAACAGCUGAUUACAGACAUAGAUUACCUGUGUAACGUGUUGGAAGACUUGGGCCUGAAAGCAUCGGAGACCUUGACGCACAUACACAUCCUGCUUCAGGCCAAGCCGGACCAGUUCUCAGACACGGCCGAGCUGUUGCCGCAGCGAGUGUCGCACACCGUCGGCAACAUGAGGAACAUACCACUGUAG